AUGCCAUAUAUGGCUCCAGAACUAUUAAGUGGUGGUUCAUACUCCCAGAAAACUGAUGUUUACGCGUUUGGUAUUAUCAUAUGGGAAAUUUGUUCAGAAAGAAAACCUUUUGCGGAUAGGAAUCACAACACAUCAUUGGCAUUAGAUAUAUGCAGAGGACUCCGUCCAGAAAUUACAAAAGACACACCGGUGUUCUUGCAAGACCUAAUGCCAAAAUGUUGGCACACCGAUCCCGCCAAACGACCAACUGCAAAUGAAAUACAUAAACAGAUUAUAAGUUGGUAUGAGUGUUAUGAAGAAGAAAUUCUUGUUAAAGAAAUUCAAGACCAAAUUAAUGAAGAAAACAAUAAUAUAAGAAUAAAAGAAUUGCAAUUUUCACAUCCUGGAGCCAUUUACACAAGCCGAUUAAUGACUAAUAUAAUUGGUG